UCUACAAAAGGAAUAUCCAUUAGUUCAUGAAAAAGUAAAGGCACUAUCCUCCUAUGCACACACUAUCUCUUUGUUUGCAUCUCCUAUUGCCUUUGCUCCUCAUCAUCAUCGAUCCAUUGUUGAGCUCCCAAUCCUCCUCCAAUGGCGACAACUGAAGUUAAGGGGACGCCAUUCGCCGCUGCCAAGACCGGGGCACUGCACCAACAAGAAUGGAUCGUCGAUGAGAAGCGAUCUGCGGCUGCCUCCGCCAUGACUGCUGUGAUCCGCCCUGUUGAGGAACUUUCAGAUCCUGCCAACGCCACCGCCUCCGCCAAGGGGAUCCAGAUAACGACAAGAGCUCAAACAAUGCAUCCUUUAGACCCAUUAUCGGCUGCUGAAAUAUCUGUAGCAGUAGCAACUGUCAGGGCUGCAGGGGCGACCCCUGAGGUGAGAGAUAGCAUGAGGUUUGUUGAAGCUGUGCUGUUGGAACCAGAAAAAAGUGUUGUGGCCUUGGCUGAUGCCUAUUUCUUCCCCCCUUUCCAACCGUCUCUACUUCCCAGAACAAAGGGUGGACCUAUCAUUCCAAGUAAGCUUCCACCUAGGAGGGCAAGACUUGUUGUCUAUAACAAGCGAUCAAAUGAGACAAGCAUCUGGAUUGUUGAGUUAUCAGAAGUCCAUGCGGCAACACGAGGUGGUCAUCAUAGGGGAAAGGCCAUCAAAUCUGAAGUAGUUCCUGAUGUCCAGCCUCCUAUGGAUGCUGUGGAAUAUGCCGAAUGUGAGGCUGUUGUGAAGGAUUAUCCUCCCUUCAUUGAAGCAAUGAAAAAGAGAGGAAUAGAGGAUAUGGACCUUGUGAUGGUAGACGCCUGGUGUGUUGGUUAUCAUAGUGAUGCUGAUGCUCCCAGUCGCAGACUUGCUAAGCCACUCAUUUUCUGUAGAACUGAGAGUGACUGCCCAAUGGAGAAUGGCUAUGCACGGCCUGUUGAGGGCAUAUAUGUCAUUGUUGAUAUUCAGAAUAUGGUAAUUGUUGAAUUUGAAGAUAAAAAACUGGUGCCUCUUCCUCCAGCAGAUCCAUUGAGAAACUACACUCCAGGAGAAACUCGUGGAGGGGUUGACCGAAGUGAUGUAAAACCACUGCAUAUUCUUCAGCCUGAAGGCCCAAGUUUUCGUGUUAAUGGUCAUUUUGUGGAAUGGCAGAAGUGGAACUUCCGCAUUGGUUUUACUCCUCGGGAUGGCCUGGUCAUUUAUUCUGUAGCAUAUGUUGAUGGCAGUCGAGGUCGGAGACCAGUGGCUCAUAGGUUGAGUUUUGUCGAAAUGGUGGUUCCAUAUGGAGAUCCCAAUGAGCCACAUUACCUUAAGAAUUCAUUUGAUGCUGGGGAGGAUGGUUUGGGAAAAAAUGCACAUUCUCUUAAGAAGGGAUCUGACUGUUUGGGCUACUUAAAAUUUUUUGAUGCUCAUUUUACAAAUUACAAUGGAGGUGUAGAGACCAUUGAAAACUGUGUGUGUUUGCAUGAGGAAGAUAACGGCAUCUUAUGGAAGCAUCAAGACUGGAGAACUGGUCUAGCAGAAGUACGGAGAUCAAGGAGGCUUAGUGUCUCGUUCAUAUGCACAGUUGCUAAUUAUGAAUAUGGCUUUUUCUGGCAUUUUUACCAGGAUGGCAAGAUUGAGGCAGAGGUUAAACUAACUGGCAUUCUUAGCUUAGGAGCAUUGCAACCUGGAGAAAUUAGAAAAUAUGGCACAACUAUUGCUCCAGUGCUAUAUGCACCUAUUCAUCAACAAUUCUUUGUUGCUCGCAUGGACAUGGCUGUUGACUGUAAACCAAAUGAAGCCUUCAACCAGGUUGUUGAGGUGAAUGUAAAAGUUGAAGAACCAGGCCAAAAUAAUAUUCACAACAAUGCAUUUUAUGCCGAAGAAAAGAUUCUCAAAUCUGAAUUGCAAGCCAUGCGGGAUUGUGAUCCAUCUUCUGCACGUCAUUGGAUAGUAAGGAACACAAGAACUGUCAAUAGAACUGGACAGCUUACUGGGUAUAAGCUGGUGCCUGGCACAAAUUGUUUGCCACUUGCUGGGGCGGAAGCAAAAUUUUUGAGGAGAGCUGCAUUUUUGAAGCAUAACCUUUGGGUUACUCCUUAUAAUCGUGAUGAAAUGUAUCCUGGAGGGGAAUUUCCAAACCAAAAUCCACGAUUGAAUGAGGGUUUGGCUACAUGGGUUAAAAAGGACAGACCACUUGAGGAAACUAAUGUGGUGCUCUGGUACGUGUUCGGAGUUACCCGCAUUCCACGUUUGGAAGACUGGCCUGUCAUGCCCGUGGAGCGGAUUGGCUUUAUGCUCAUGCCUCACGGAUUCUUCAACUGCUCGCCUGCUGUAGAUGUACCGCCCAAUAAUACCGAGGUAGAGCUUAAGGAUGCGGGGGAAUUGAAGCCGAUUCCAACCAGUUUGCUUGCAAAAUUGUGAGUCGAAAAUGGAAAAAUAUUCAGGAUCAAUCUAUGUUGUGCAUUAUAAAUAUAAUUUCGAUGAACUUUUUGUUUUGGUAAUGUUGCCAAACAGGAAUAACCAACUAAUUAAAAGGACUAUAUUUUAUAA